GUAUUCAAUUUGCGCGACAAGAAGCUGGUAGAACCAUGAAGCUGCUCUCUUCCUACGUGGCACUGGCGGCCGCUGGCCUCUCUGCGGCCGACGCCGCCGAGUUUGUCUUUAACAACAAGUGCAGCUACACCAUCAACCUCUACGCCGCCCACGGCAAGCACCUCUGUGACAUCGCGCCCGGCCAGACGCGCGACAAGAGCUGCGGCGUCACCAUCUCGCACGAAAAGCCAGGCAUCUUUCGCCACACGGCGUCCGACCAAGUCAACCUCAUCGAGUAUGUGCUCAACGGGCGUCUGUGGUAUGACUUUAGCAACAUCCCGCCCAUGCCGGGCAACUGCAACAGCUUCCAGGACUGCAAAGAGAAGACCAAGGCCGUCGGCUUCAACGUGCCCAUGUCGCUGACACCGACGCGUCACAAGGGCAAGGCCAACUGCAAGGCACUUCUCGACGACAAGCCGGACGCGCCGGACGCCUACCUCUUCCCCGCCGACACCAAGACGCACGACUGCCCCGCCGACGAGGUCUUUGAUAUCGUCUUUUGCCCUGGCGGGUCGGCCCCGGCGCCGGCGUCGGGCCCGUCGAACGCCGCGCCGACAGCCAACACGUGCUCGACGCAGAUGGACGUCGACUACCCGGGCAACGACAUUGGCAGCAUCCCGGUGACGGGCGACCGCAACACGCAGGUCGGCCAGUGCUGCGCCAAGUGCUCGGGCACGACCAACUGCGCGGCCUUCACGGUCGGCUACAACACGUGCUACAUGAAGUCGUCCAAAGGCAACCCGCGGCCUUCGAGCGGCCUCGUCUCGGGCGUCCCGGCGUCGUCGUCGUCGUCGUCGUCGUCGGGCACGUGCACGGCGCAGAUGGGCGUUGACUUUACGAAUGGUGGCACCAACAACGACAUUGGCAACGGCCCGGUGUCGGGCUCGACAACCGAGCAGCUCGCGCAGUGCUGCGCGAUGUGCCACAAGAACGACAAGUGCGUCGCGUACUCGGUCGGCUACGGCUCGUGCUACAUGAAGUCGAGCGUCGGCGUGCCGCGAGCGAACGCGCACGUGUCGUCGGGCAUCAAGGGCGCGGGCCCGUCGAUCCAGUGGAAGCAAGAUUACUGGGGCAACGACAUUCGCGGUAUCGACGUGCCCGGGUCGGCGGUCGACCAAGCGACGAUGUGCCACAGCCUCUGCAAGACGACGUCCAACUGCGCCGGCUUCACCAUGAACGGCGGUCGCUGCUACCUCAAGAGCCAGCUCGCCAAUGGCUACAAGAGCGACACAGCGUACUCGGGCACCAAAAACUAGAUGCGUGUACGCGUUGUUUUUGUUUUUAAUCUUUUUAAAGAUUUUCAAGUCUUCAAGAAAUGUGACGAGGCGUCGCGUUCUACCAUCAGCUUGUAAUACAACCAUGU